CCGCUCUCAAAUUCUUUAAACAUGGCCAAAACUAGAAAAAUCGAAUCGUUAUCAAUCCGAGUUGACGAUCUAGUGACGAUCCAUGGCCGCCAGCAGCGCCCCCUGCGGUCUAACAUCCAGGGUUCUGCUCGAUCCCAACGCCACCACCACCACCACCACCCGCGGCAAGUUCGGGCCGCGCUCCGUCCGCCUACCGAUGCUGCCUAUCGUGUCGUGGAAGAAUGAUUCUUGUUGUAGCCGAACAGCAUCAGGGAGUGUCGUUGCAAAGGCCACUGGAGAAACACCUGCUCAAGUCUCGAGUGAGCUUCCUGAAAUUGUGACAACUGUGAAGGAAGCGUGGAAAAAACUUGACGAUAAGUAUGCUGUGGCUUCCCUUGCAUUCAUUGGAAUUAUAGCUCUAUGGAGUUCCACUGGCAUCAUUUCGGCCAUUGAUAAGCUGCCUAUAAUUCCUGGUGUUCUUGAACUUAUCGGAAUUGGUUACACAGGGUGGUUUGUAUAUAACAAUCUGCUCUACAAGCCUGACAGAGAAGCUUUGAUUGAAAAAGUAAAGAGCACCUACAGCGAUAUCAUUGGAAAUAGCAGUUGACUGCAAAGAGAAUUGAAUUGUAUGGAAGCAUGAAGCUUCAUGAUGAGAUUGAUUAUCACUGGGAGAUCUGUUUCUUGAGAUAUGUAGUAGAAUACUUCAUAUUUUUCUAGCGUAAUGUAUUUCCAUCACAAGAUUCAUGUUUGCAAUGUACCAAGUACACUGAAGUAACUUGUGUAUUUUUAAAAUUUUUUUUUUUAAUGUUAUGCAACAUCCUUGUUGGUAGCUUAUGUGUAUGCGGAUUUUCAUAAGCAAUAUAAUAAAACAAAAAGGUCAAAUA